GUAAAUAGAAAAGUAUAUUAUUUAUUUCAUUUUACAGGAAUGUCGAUUUUAACAAAUUAAAAUUUUGUCCGGAUCUGCGUAACCACUAUUUACAGUUUUUUAUGAUAAAUAAAAGUGACUGCCAUGUUGCCGGUUCUAACUUCAGUUUUCAAAAUACUUUAAAAAGCACAAUAAAGUUGAAGUAGGCAUAUUAAGUCAUAAAAAUUUGAUAAAAAUUUAAUAUACGAAGAAAUUUCGGGAAUUGAAAAUAUUUCAUAUUAAUUUUUUGUCACAAAGGCCUCCUUUGUCUCAUAACCUCAUUUUUUCAAAUAUUCGACAACAUUGUACGUGUGCCAAGCGGAAUGAGAAUUAACUGAUAAUAUUGAUAAAAAUAUUGUUGCCUUAGUUUGUGGAUGUAUUUUAUCGAAGGAUGUGGUAUUCCGACUUAUGACGCAACUUUCCAUUAAAACAUAAAAACACGAUUUCAAUGAAGUUUAACACAAUGGAAUUAGAAGAUGAUGUACAUAGGGGGUAUUUAUUACUACCCCCUGGUGGAAAACUGCUUCUGAAGAAAUCUUGGCAAAGAAAAUUUUGCGUUUUAUUUAAAUCGAGCAAAUUCGGGAUUGCUCGGCUGGAAAUUUAUGAGUCAACAGACACCAAGUCAGGUCAACCAAAAAUUAUUACUCUAGAAAAUGUAAUAAAGAUAACCAUAAAAAGUCCUACCUCCUUUAGUGUAUUGACUAAAGCUGGCGAGUAUGAUUUUGCCACCGUCUCUGAAGAAUCUUUGCAAGACUGGGUUUCUGCUAUUCAGAAUGUAGCCUUCCCAGAUGAAGUAUCAAAAAUAACUAGCAUAGAAGAGGAUAAUGAAUUAUAUUGCUCAUCUGCUGAAGGAGUGUUUUAUGUUAAACUUCAUCCUUCUCCAGCAUCUCAGAGGUGUAACCUUGACAGUACUAACUACAUAUUGGUAUUAACAUCAAAUGCUGUUCAAUUGAGAAAUAUGAGUGAUAAUAAAUUAUUGUAUAAUUGGCCAUACUGUUAUAUCAGAAAAUAUGGUUACAAACAGGGAAGAUUUACUUUUGAAGCGGGGCGCAAGUGCGAUUCAGGAGAGGGAAUAUUUUAUUUAGAACAUCCCAAUCAACAGGAAAUAUUUCGAUCUUUAGCAAAUAAGAUGAAGUCUAUGAAAAAAUUACUUUCUGGAGAGUCUACUUCAUCACUCCUAGAGGCUGGAGAUUUGCAGUUGCAGGCUGCAAUCAACAAUGAGGCUGGAUCAAGAAGUCCACUGCCAGCUUCCCUAUCUGUGGCAUCUUUGGCUGAUACUAAUAUAUCUUCCAGGUCUCAUAUUAGCCAUUUUGAAAUAGACUCGCAAAGUAUCGCAAGUUUAGUAAGACCUAAACCAAAAAAACCACCCCGCAAAACUGUCUCCCAAAAACCAGUUGCGCCAAUACCAUCACCAAGAAGAAAUGCAGACUCGCAGUCAGUUUAUGAACCUAUCUGUAGAUAUGACACUGUUGAGCAACGUAGCGAUGCUUGGAAAACCAUGGGUGUGGAAGAUAUCAACCAUACAGAGCAAGCCAAUUCCGAUGAGGAUGAUCCAGAGUACAUGUCAUGGGGGCAUGUUAAAAAGGAAUUAGAUAACUUAAAACCAGAUAGAACUUUAGCACCGGCUGUGAUAACUGAGGUUACAAGCACUUUGGACGGUACAAACUAUGACAAGCUCAAUUUCUUUGGUUCGUCCGGUAGGCUUAAUGUCAAAUCAGGGUAUAAGCAAGUUUUUCCACCGCCAAUCCCUGCAGUACCCCCGCCCGCGUCUUUUAAUGAUUACGAUGAAGUUCAGUGUAUUGAGCCCGUCAGAUCUGCAGACGACUCUCAUUUGGGGUACGGGGUUCUAAGAAAGGAUCUCGGUAAGAAAGAGAAAAGCGAAGUUACCCACCAGAUACAUAACCAAGAAGCUUAUGCAGUUGUAAGCAAGCCGAAGCAAGUCUAGUCUUGUUUGAAAUUGAAAAAGCACUUUUGUAAUAUUUGUCAUUAAUUUUGCUCAAUAUUUCGCCAUGGUUUUAUUUAUGAGCAAGCCAGUUUUAUGAUCAGCCUUAGUGAAAAGGAGAGAAAAAGACAGAAGUUUACUAUGAAAAAUUUUUAAUUGACAAAUAAAAUUGUACUUAACUAACUUUAUCUAGUGUACGAAGUGGCUCAGGUUUCUGUUCGACUCAAUUUGAUUGAAAUCUUAAGGUAAAACAAAAUUCAGAGCCCUAAUAACGCCUACUUUUUGGUUUGUAUUCAUAUUAGAUUUUUGAAACCAUGAUUUAAGUUUCAUUUUGGAACCAGUAUUAUGUUGUUAUUAUUAUUUUAAAGUGAAGAGCCAUUAAAAAAUUUCAUUCAGAUUUACACAGGGAGACUAGUCAUAAGUUUUGUGACUUCAGGUUUAUACUUUAUAGUCUUGAAACUAAAUUUAAAUGUCAAUGAAAAACUUUAAAUCCUUGUUUUUAAUUUACUUUCUAACUUGUAGAGGGGAAGGGAGUCUCUAAAUUCACGAAAUUUGUAACAUAAUUGAUGGUUAUUUAUGUCUUAUUCUAAAUUUUUCAAAAAUUUUGUGUAUUUUUUGAGGCUAAUAUGCGCACACUAUUUUGUGUUUUAAGAAUAUUUUUUAUAUUAUUAUUAUUAUUAUAUUAUGACAAAUAUGAUAACAUUGUUUUCUCUUGUGUGCCAUUCCGAAAAUUCUCGAAGGGAAAAUUGUGUACAGUUUUUCUUUCGGGGAUUUCACUGUGUUUGUGGACAAUAUUAAAUCGGUGCCUUAAUUUAUACUAACCACAUUUUAACCUCCCAAAGAUGUAAAGUAACUAUCACUCCGUGGUAAGAGAGCAAUUUUGUGUCUUUCAUUUUUUCAGUAUCAGAAAAAAAUGUUAAGAUAGUGAAUUAAGUUUUGUGUGCUUUAAAAGAUCACAUUUCAGAAAUGAGUUACUUGAUACCUGUUAAGUUUUUAUUUCUGAAACAGAUACCAUUCGCAAUAUAAUCGUUUCGUUAACUAUAUUUAAAUUUAGAAUUUGAUUUACUAUUAAAUAAAUUUUAAAAGUGCCGGAAAAAACUUUAUAACCUAAUUAUAAGAAAAUUAGUUUCAACUUAACCUGUGAUAAAAAUCUAACGAUUAAAUUGUAAAUAUUUUGUGCAAAAAUUUGUUUCAACAGUGAGAAUUAUGUGCUAUUGAUGAAAAGUAGUGCCAUUAUCUAGACAAUUCUAGAAUUUGAUCUAAACAUACAUUACAUGUUAAAGGCAUUUGUAAUUAAUGCAAUUUCCGAGCUCAACUGUGAUGUAAACCAUUUUUGAUACUCCUUUAUUAAUUUCAGAUAAUGGUCUAUGGUUAUUUUCACAAAAGUUUUGUUUGACUUAUAGGAAACCUCUUAUUAGAUAUUGCGGUUUUCAAAUUUAAAUAUUAUUUCAUCAAAAAGUUUUAAUUUGGUAUUUCUUGCACAUCAGGCAGUUAAACCUCUAAAACACUACUGUAGUAAUUCCAUAUGUGUUUUUAUUUACCAAAGAUACCUUUUGUCUCCUUUGAUA